GACGGGGGAUAAAAUCUAUUGAGUUCUGGCUGCACCUUUUCAGGCUCCUGGACUAGCUACAGCCAUGCACAUGCUGUAUACUAAUCCUGGUCGUUGGGACUUGCCAGGAACCAGAGAGGAGGAGGAGGAUUAUGAGAAUUCGGCACCACCGUACAAGGACCUUCCUCCCAAGCCAGGUUGGAUGGCUCCACCCAGGCCUCCCAAGGCAGGGAAGAAAACAGAGAACCCCCCACUUCCCUGCAAGACUCCGAAGAUCCCAGGUCUGGACAUCACCCCUGCCACCUGCAGAUCUCCACAACAGGGUGCUGGUGUGGAGUAUCCCCCAUUCCCGCCGUCCCCAGCCACAACUCCAGUGCCUUGGCUCAGUCAGAAGGCUGAGAGUCCGGGGUGCUACCAAGAGGAGAGACUGAUGGUGUACCUGUGUCUGCUGGUGGUGGUGUCAUUGCUCCUGGGCUGCACUGGUCUGGUUGUGAGCCUGAUUAAGUACCAGGAGGUGGUGGAAGAACUGAGGAUGCUGACCUUUCAGCAGAUGGCAUGGCGGGAAAAUGUGACUGGCAUGGCAGGGCUAGCUGGCCUGAAGAAGGACAUUGACCAUGUAAGAGCUGACACCAACCAGUCCCUGGUGGAACUCCGGGGCUUGUUAGACUGUGCCAGGAUCACCUGCCCUGAGGGCUGGCUCUCCUUUGAAGGCAAGUGUUACUACUUCUCCCAAAGCCCAAAGUCAUGGUAUGAAGCCCGGAUGUUCUGCCAGGAGAAUUACUCUCACUUGGUCAUCAUCAGUAGCUUUGCUGAGCAGAACUUUGUGGCCAAAGCUCACGGCUCUCCGCGGGUGUACUGGCUGGGGCUGAGUGACAUUAACCGUGAAGGAGACUGGAGGUGGCUGGACGGGUCGCCUGUCACUUUGAGCUUUUGGGGCCCAGAGGAACCCAAUAACAUCCAAGAUGAGGACUGUGCCAGCAUGGACAAAGGUGGCACCUGGAAUGAUCUCUCCUGUGACAAAACUACGUAUUGGAUCUGUGAGCGGAAAUGUUCCUGCUAAGUCCCAGGACUGAGGCUGGGCAUGGGGUCUGCACCCGAGUGCCCCUUGGUUCUUGGGAAUGAGAGCCUCCUGUUCUUCAUGGAAUUCCCUGCCUCUCCAUGAACUGACAUGGAUGUGCCCAAGCUAAAAGCAGCAGCCUGGAUGAAGCAAGUUCCCUGGGGUGUAAGUCAGACCCUUUCUAGGGUGAAGACAUGGGGACUUGUUCAGCUGGAUGGUAUCGGUCUGUGUACGCUGCUAUAACAG